AUGUUUCCAAGACGGCCGAGCGGCGGUUGCGGCGGUGUGAGCCGAGCUCAGGCUCGCGGGGGAUGUCACAGCGACCCGGGCGGGACGCAAUGUGUCGCGAGCUCUCGGGUUUGGCGAGUGCACAGCCGACAGCCGCCCCUCGAAAAGGCUUGCAUUUGCCUAUGCGGCAUUGGAGUCCUCUUCGUGAUGCUCGGCGUCUUCUUGCUCUUUGAUCGUACGCUGUUGGCGCUAGGGAACGUCGCCUUUCUGGUUGGUCUUGCCCUUCUCCUGGGCCCCACGAAGGCUUUCAAGUUCUUCUUCCGGAAAGAGAAGUGGAAGGGCACGACGGGAUACUUCCUUGGGAUCGCCAUCAUUGUUGUGGGCUGGCCUUUUGUCGGCUUCAUUACAGAAAUGUAUGGCAUAUGGAAGCUUUUCGCGGCCUUCCUGCCCAAUGUCCUGGCUUCACUCAAGAUGACAGUGCCAGGAGCGGCCACGGUCCUCAAUAUGUGGCCGCUGUCUUCACUGUGCAAUUUGAUCUACGAUCAACGCCGGCUUCCGGUGUGA